CACGCCUUCCCACCCCUUUCCCUAUAACCCGCACCAUUAUUAUCUUCUCACGCCCAUAAGGCCAUAACCUCUCCCCUGUCUCUCUCUGUCUCCCCCGACCUAUUCCUCCCCUUAUCCCUCCCGAGAUAACGAGAAUAAAACUACAGCCAUAACGUGCAACUUAUACCAUUCCCACUCCUCUUCCCUUCCUUAUUUUAAUCUCAUACCAGCAUUGCUAUUCGCCUUUUUUUCUUUUUCGUCCCAGAGAACAAGGGACCUGUCCUGGGAGAGGAAUAGCAACGAAAGAGAUUGGAAGGAAGAAGAAGAGAAUAGAGGUUAGAAGAAUAAUAGAGGGAUAAGGGGGAGAGAGGGAGGAAAUGUUGGUCUGGUGCUUGGGGGAGCGGCGGGUCCGCCAGAUCCAGCGAGCCCUCCGGCAGGGGAAGAUCACCCUCCUUUGCCUCUUCCUCACCGUCAUCGUCCUACGCGGCACCAUCGGCGCCGGCAAAUUCGGCACCCCCGAGCAGGACUUCAACGAGAUCCGCCACCGCCUCCUCCCCCACCGCUCCCUCCCCCACCGCGCCCUCGUCGAACAGCAAACCGACCAUACCUCCUCCUCGGCCACUGCCGGCGCCACCAAAGCCUUCAUCGCUGACGAGGGCGACGACGAUCCGCCGCGGGAUCCUAACGUUCCCUACUCCCUGGGCCCCAAGAUCUCCGACUGGGACGAGCAGCGCGCCGCCUGGCUCCGCCGCCACCCGGAAUCCCCCAACUUCUGGGGCCCCAACAAGCCCCGCGUCCUCCUCGUCACCGGUUCCUCCCCCAAGCCCUGCGAGAACCCCGUCGGCGACCACUACCUCCUCAAAUCCAUCAAGAACAAGAUCGACUACUGCCGCGUCCACGGCAUCGAGAUCUUCUACAACCUCGCCCUCCUCGAUGCCGAGAUGGCCGGCUUCUGGGCCAAGCUCCCCCUGAUCCGCUCCCUCCUGCUCGCCCACCCCGAGGUCGAGUUCCUCUGGUGGAUGGACUCGGACGCUAUGUUCACCGACAUGGCCUUCGAGCUCCCCUGGGAUCGCUACGCUCCCUUCAACCUUGUCAUGCACGGCUGGAACGAGAUGGUCUACGACGACAAGAACUGGAUCGGCCUCAACACCGGCAGCUUCCUCCUCCGCAACUGCCAGUGGUCUCUCGACCUCCUCGACGCCUGGGCCCCCAUGGGCCCCAAGGGGAAGGUCCGCACCGAGGCCGGUAAGGUCCUCACCUCCUUCCUCAAGGACCGCCCCGUCUUUGAGGCCGAUGACCAGUCCGCCAUGGUCUACCUCCUCGUCACGCAGCGCGACCGCUGGGCCGACAAAGUCUAUCUCGAGAGCGCUUACUACCUCCAUGGCUACUGGGGGAUCCUCGUCGACCGUUAUGAGGAGAUGAUCGAGAAUUAUCACCCGGGGCUCGGCGACCACCGGUGGCCGCUUGUCACUCACUUUGUCGGCUGCAAGCCCUGUGGCAAGUUCGGGGACUACCCUGUCGAGCGCUGCCUUAAGCAGAUGGACCGCGCGUUCAACUUCGGCGACAACCAGAUCCUCCAGAUGUAUGGAUUCACCCACAAAUCGCUCGCCAGCCGGAGGGUAAAGAGGAUCAGGAAUGAGACGAGCAAUCCACUCGAUGUCAAGGAUGAGCUCGGGCUGCUGCACCCGGUGUUCAAAGCCGGCGUCAAGCUCACUGAUGCCGUCACUGGAUCUUGAGAGUAAAAUUGUUUUGUUCUUUUCUUUCUUCUUUUUUUCUUUCUAGGUAACUUUUUAUCUAGAAAUCUAGGAUCGGAGGAGGCUUGGGUCAUAGAUAUAAUGAUAAUAUGAUGUUAUUGUGGUUCUUUGUGUUUUGUUUCGCAGACAGUUGUAAUGUAUGCAUGCAGGGAUGGAGGUAGUAAUUCAAAUAUAUUACCUUUUUCAUGGA